AUGAUAUGCGAGGGAAACCAAAAUGAGUUGACGGCGGCGAAUGGAGUGGCGGUGAAUGGUAGGGAUGGAAGAGAUUGCUUAGAGCUGAUGGCGCCGGCAGGCUCUAUGGUGAAAGGCCUGUUCCUCAAGGUUUUUGAUGAAAGUGGGAAGUUAUUGGAUGCUGAGGAGUUCAAGGCCGCUGAACCUAGAGUUACCACGAGCUGGAACGGAGAGGUUAGGAGAUAUUAGUAGAUAAAGCACGAGAAAGUUAGUCGCAGUAAUGUUUACAACUUUUAAGCUGUUAUAAAUAAAUAAAUAAUAAUAAUAAAUAAUAUAACCUUUACUAUGUGUAUUAACGUCAUUAAAUCUGAAUUCUGAUGAAUUAUUUGUUUGUUUUUGCCAGGUAUCAGUUCAGAAUUUACCGUAUCUGCCAGACUGCCCUGUGGCGAGCAUGGUCGCUGUCCCGUAUGUGGGUAAUGUGGAGUGCGUCUGUAGUGACGUCAAAUGUCAGACCCAAAUAAGGAUUAAACCCAUUGCAGGUACAUAAAUUCAUUAGGGAGCUUAACCAACCACAGUGCCGACAGCAACGAGAACGGCAAAAAAGCAAUAGGGCUAGAUUAGCAAAACAACAACUCUGCACGUGCAUCAUGCUUUUUUGUAUACCGUAAAAUUCCGAAAAUACGCCCCUCCAUGUAUAAGCCCCUCCAAAUAUAAGCCCCCCAAACUUGUAACGCAAAAAACCGUCCGUUAAAUCGCCCCUCCAUAUAUAAGCCCCCCGGGGGUUUGUACUCUGAAAUUCCCCUCAAAUACAAAAUAAAACAAAGCAAAAACGGUAAAUUUCCUUCCAACUGUAAGGCUAGCCCACUCGAUUUUGAAACGCAAAUUUCCCUCCAUAGAUAAGCCCGUCCAAUAUAAGCCCCGUCCGAAUUUAAGCCUUUGAAAAAUAUAAGCCCCGGGGCUUAUUUUCAGAAUUUUACGGUAUUUCUUUGCCGUUCUUGCACGACUACGAGGUGAAACUUUCUAAUUUCACGUAGUAUGGAGGACGUAAACACAAGACAAUGAUUUCCCUUUUCCUGUUUCUGAUCUUGGACCAAGUCAUUUAGGAUUAACUCCAGAAAACUUCGCCCGCAUUUGACAGACUGAAAACUAGGGCCACUCGUUUGAACCCUAAGCGUUUUGAAUUACAGGCGGACAAUUCAGAUCUAACUUAUGUUUGUUGCGAGGAUUUACUCACAAGGAGCACAAAGAGGAUCCAAACACCUUUGCGAUGCACGGCCAAAUUUACCGAGAAACAAGUGCUUGCGUGUACCCGGGUCCCGCCGCACACGAAAAAAACCUCUGCUACCCAGGGUAGCUGGCGCACAAGCCCUGGAGCUAAUGAAUCAAUUUAUGUUGUUGGCUGGUCGGUUUUAUUUUCAUUUAUUUAUUUUUUUUGACAUGACGAGGAACGAGUUUCUGGUGAGGGUUUCUUGCGCCCGAUAAUCUCGAAAAUCACGCCAAUGAAGGAAAAGGAAAGAAGAAAAAGAAAGAGCAAGAGGAAAAAGCAAUGGCUGCACUCUUAGUUUUUAUAUUGGCUACUUUGACCGGAAGAGGUCUGUUUGGCGGGAACGUUUUCAAAAAUCCGGCUAGAUGUAGAAUUCGUCAUAAUUGAUAGUUGUUUUAUUCUUCCAGGUGAGCCGCAGAAGUGGUUAUUCGUGUGCGAGGACCAAACUUUGCAAAUUGAGUGCGACAGCAAAAGACAGUUGAGUCAAAACCUCAAGAUUCGAUUGAAUGACAAGUUUGGCAAUCCUGCCGAGUGUCCUCAAGGGGUGGAACCCAUGGUAUCAGUUGAACAUUCACCAUCAAGAAGGUUAGUUAAGGGCCAAUUACACCGGCGGGGUUUUAGCGCAAUUUGUGGCGCGAAAAAAGCGGCCCCGGGGAUCUGGUUGCAAACCUGAAUGGCGCGUGUAAACGGUUUGUGAUUCAGCGCGAAUUUCCGCGGCUAAAUGGCCACAAAUGUUAUAUGAUUGAAAUUUAAACCAACUUAGUGGCGCUUUUCAGAUCAGUGAGAGUACAAAUUUCUGUCCGCCAGAUACGUUAAGAAGUUAACAUAUGCAUCAAGGUAUUGUUAAAGAACACUGCUCUUGAGACAUUUUGCCCUAAAGGGCCUUUCUGAAGUAUUGCCUACCCCAUCCCCUCCAAGCAAUGUUGGGCCGCUUUUCGAGCUACCUGUAGGAAGCAACAAACACUCCAACAUUGAAUAGAGCGGGGAUGGGGGCGGAGAGGUGUAGGUUGUUUUGUUCUCCGAAGUUACCCCAUCUAAGGACAGUGUCUCAACAAUUUUGUCGCCGAUUGAAGGCCAAACAAUGCGAAUUAAUGAGCAGUGGCCACACUUUUAGGCUUCGUAAUGUAAACUUUAUUUAACACUAACGCAUGUUCAUUUGUUAAGCAGUAGUUAUGCAGUGUUGUUAUAUAGCUAGAAAUUUCUUUCCAACAGCGCGUGCCCUCAUUGCGUACUUCGAGGUCACAUGACAUCUAACAAUGAAACUGUUUCCCCGCAAAAUCUCUGAGUGGGAAAUAUUGCACAAUCUAUGAUGUCAGAGGGUAGCAGUGCACUGUUGCCUGCGAAUGUUGACCAAUGACCGCCGUUACAGCGAGGUUUAAUGAAUUUCCAGCUUCAAAAUUUCCAGUUAUAUAACAAAUCACUAAAGAUUGGUCCCUCGGGAAACAGUUAAUUUUCUUUCUCUCGAAUCUCAGUGUUUCCUGAGGCGAACAUUGAGAUUCUCGGAAAUCAAAGUUAACUGUUUCCCUCGGGACCAGUCUUUAAUUGUUUAUUGUUUCUUUUCACUAGUUUACAAGGUGAAUGUAGUAUUUUUUUUUUGUUUUACAUCUCUACAGUGGUAGCACUGCUGUGUUUAUCGGAAAUAUCAGUCGUAAAGGCUCGGAAUUCGUGUUCAAUAGUGAAGCCACCAUUUCAGGCCAGCCUGGUGUAAUAACCAUGUGUCUGUACGACAAUGAUAACAAGUUCUCUAAAGACACGCAAAGAAUCAAUCUCAAACCUGGUGAGUGCGGGCACCUGUAUAUUAUCUCACAGGGAGCCCACAGAGUCUGUUUGUGUAACCGAUUGUAAUUUUAUAGUAUAAGUGUACUGGAUUUACCAUUUGCUUCAUUUGUAAUGUUAUGUGGCUAAAUAAGUGCGUGGAUCAGUGCUAAAUAAUAGUUUUAUUACCUUACAUACAUGAGAGGACAGUAAACAACAAACUCCCUUCUCAGGCAAAAGGACGACAAUUUACCGUAGGCAAGGUAAUAAAACGUUUAUUUAGCAUUGAUCCAUGUACAUAUUUAGCGAUAUAUCGCUACAGGUGAAGCAAACGGUAAAUCCAGUACGUUUACUAUAAAAUUACAAUUGGUUACGCAAACAUAUUGUGUGGGCGCCCUGUGGUCAUUUUGCGUGUGGUAAUCACUAGCCUGGGUUAGUCACAGACUAAGAACCUAAGAACAUAAGAACCUAUUUAAGAACCUAAAUAGCAACCGUCCAAGUUAAAGUUUUUGCUCGGUCGCCAUUUGGCCACCAACUCUUUUGGCUUAGGGAGACUUUUUUAAAAAUCAAGUCGCCAGCUCCAAAAUUUUAGGCACCAUGGCGACCAAAAUAGUCGCAACUUGGAGGGUUGUAUAAUAGCCUAAAUUUGUGUUAAUUACCAUUUAUUCAAGAACCUGUUAAGGCUAACUUGGGAAAUGCGAGUUCUUAGUCGCGGGUUUUUUUACUGUAUGCCAAAGUUGUUUGCUUUUGUGAAGAAUAAAACGUAACUUUGAAAGAUGAACAUUACAGGUACGUUUUGUGGUUUAGCUGGAAACAACAGGUAUGAUUCUUUAUGUCCUACACGUAGUUUGAAAUUCUCCUGGGCCAUGAACACGUCGGAAAGUUCAUCUAGUACUAUGUACCAUUUGUUCGAUUCAUGAACUUUGAAAAUUCCACGUAAAAUUAAACUUUCACCAGCACUUUCAUUCAGAAUUCACCAAACUUCGUCAAUGCGGGAAAGAUAAGUGUAGUUGGUCUGGCCAUAAGACAUUUUGAGCGUUGAAAUCUUAAACACGAAUUUAAAAAUGUUCCAUUAUCAUUAAGAAGUGCUUGUGGUACAAUUUCUCGAUUGAAGACAAAGAGACAGGAUAGGUAAGGCUAACUUUUUCAAGUUCUUUUAGCGAGCCUCGAAAAAAUGGCCAAAAAAUAGUGACUCGUUUGCUUCACACUUCGAAGAUUUCACUCAUAAUAGACUUCUUAGUCUUCCCGGAGCCGUUUUGUGUUCUUGUAGGAGAUAGGGUAUUUGCUGUAACUUUAACAGCUUCACUCUAGGGUGAGUUAAGGAGACAUAAAACUUAGUUUUGAAUCGUUGGAUAUAAUCCCGUGGUGUAACCAUUCAAAUCAAACCUCCGAAACAGAACGUUUGAAUGGUGCAAUUUAUAUUUUCAGAAUUUCACCGAGCGAAAUUUGAUUUUUUUUCUUCAAGUAUGACUUUGACCAAUGGUUACCAAACGUGUGAGAAUGUAACAGUGCCCUUUUUAUGACACGAGAAAGAAACUGGGCCGUGUUAACUCUCGCAAAGACGUGUGGGAAUGUUAUUAGGGACAGAGGAAAAAUUGGCCAAUAGCUGAACGGCACGUCACCGAUAACGAUCCCAGAAUCACUUGCGGGACACAAGUUCCCUUAGUUUCUAAAGUGGUGAAUUAAAACUUUCCUGUCAGGUGCUCCACAUCACAUUGAGUUGAAAAGCCAAGCAUUUGAUGACUCUUCGCCCAAGAACGAACAUACAGCCAAGUUUUUCUCCAACUGCUAUCUUAGCGCUCCUAUCUUUGCUUCCAUCUGUGAUAAGUCUGGAAACAAGACGCCUCUCAAAACAACGCUGAACCUCUCCUGGAUUCCAGCUUCCUGCGGACAGUUGCUGCCGAGAAAGACCACUCAGAAGGGAGAGACAGUGUUUGAAGCCAAGGCGAUGAGGUGCGGCAGUCGGAGCGGUGAGCAGCAGGUCAAACUGAAGGUGUCCAGUCCAGACCAUAAGAAUCUGCAGGUGAGAUACUGCCCUUUUAUUCAAAUGCACUACAAAAUAUUUCUUUCAUGGAGAGUUUAAUCAAGGUCUGGAAGGGGUUUCGCGUGAUCCGAUAAAACAGAAAUACCGUCAAAUUCCAAAAAUAAGCCCCGCGGCUUAUAUUUUUCAAAGGGCCUUUUUGAGGGGCUUAUAUUCGGAAGGGCUUAUCUACGGCGGGAAAUUUGCGUUUCUCAAUCGAUUGGGCUAGCCUUAUAGUUGGAAGUAAAUUUACCGUUUUUGCUUUGUUUUACAAAGUACAAGCCCCCCCCCCCCCCCCCGGGGGGGGGGGCUUAUAUUUGGGGGGGCUUAUUUUCGCUUUUUUUUAGUGUCGUGACAAGGGUUCGAAGUUUAACCAUGUAAAAGUGAAAACUCGUAGAACUUCGAUUUUAUAGCAAUGAAAUUCAUUGCCAGUCUAACUUUUAGUCGUUAAACAAAAAAGUAGAGAAUCACUAGUUUGAUCACACUACUUUUUGAUUCAUUCCGAUCACACGGUCAUUUGAGAAUAACUCUUGCCUGAGUAGUCCAGCAACCACUAAGAAUCAUUGAUGGCCUUGAUCAGUUCGUCAACUAAUCACGUUAUUCGUGAAACGACUCCAGUAGGUAACGUGAUUGGUGAAUGUACGGAAAUUUAACCUGUGAUUCGAGAUCCAGACGCCCCCUUUCAGACCCUGUUUAAUUUAUGUGGGGCUUUUUCAAGCAUAGUAAAGGUGUAAACUCGCCUUAACCGUCAAAGUUUCAAGGUCAAUUUUCUCCUAAAAAUAUCUAUACAUCUUCAAUAAAAAAGGUUAUAACAAUUAAUAAUUUGAUCACCAAAGGGAAAAUGUUUGGAUCUCUUAGAGAAGUGAGGGAAUCACAUGACUGUAGCACGGACCGAAAUUAUAUCGCAAAAACGUCUCCAUUCAGUUUUCAUUAAUUUCCCUUGCUUUCUCUGUUCUUCAGGCAGCAACUGUCACAGCGUCUCUGGAGAAAAGUAACCGUGUGAAGGCCGUGGUUGUAAAAGUAGUCGCGGAGCAGAAUCUCAUGGCUACAGGCAAUUUUCCUGUGUUAAAGGUGAAUUUGAGCAGCUAAAACAAGGGAGCGACGACGACCGCAAAGAGAACGUCCAAAAACAAUUAGCUUUAGAAGUGGAACAACAAAAGUGCACGUACAUUACACUUUUUGUGCAUUGUUUUGAAAUGGGUCCUCUGCACAACUACAACGUAAAUUUUUCUAAUGUUGGAAAACUUGGCUACUGGACGACAAAUUCUCCUUUCUUCGUGAAAUUGGAUGCGGUCUCUUACAAUUCAACUCCUGGAAAUUCCUUUACAAUUGAAGAAUUGAACGAGAUGGAAUAAUAGCGGUGAAGUUUGAACCAGCGCGAAGUUAUUUUUAGUGUUGUCUUUACUGCUAUCGUCGUUGUGACUGCUCGAGCUCCCUUUUUUCCCAUUUCAUGUUGUUAGACCGACACUCUCGAGAUUUGGUGAGUCAAAUGUGAACUAAGUUGCGUGGAUAAAAAGCUUUCUUUGUUUGAAUACUAUUACUUUAAAUACUUCGCAACACUUUUGAGUUUAUAUUAGCGAGGGACACCGCCGGUUGUUACCCUUCGAAGAUAUUUUUUAUUUCGUGAUAGUGAUGUGUGUGUUUGCUUCGAUAACGGCACUUUCCGGGCGCUAACUAGACCAUAAAUUAAGUGACAAAGUUGUCAACUUAAGUCAAAGUGCGACUGUAACCUCAUACCCAGAUCUCUUCGUCAACAAGAGAUAUGGGUACGAGAUUAAGUGCGAUUGGUUACUAAAAAACUGCUUUUACCAUCAAACAGGUGAGAUGUGAAACGGAAGACGGAGUCAAAGUUGAUGGGGUCGGGCACCUUAAUCUUGAAAUAUCCCGGCCGCGUGGUCCGCAGACCAUCACGGUUUACAGGAAGCCUACUCAGGACAGAGAAGGCCUAGUAACGUUUCAGCCAUUAGCAAACCGGUAUUUGGAGGAGGCGGGGCAGUGGUCACUCAUCUGUCAUUACAACGAACAUAGGGAUAGACUCAAGAGCGUUUUAGCACCUGCCGACCACGUGACUACCAGCCAGCCAGUCCAAUUUUUUGUGCACCCAGGUAAAUGUGUAUUGGUGGAUGUGUACAACAACAGUUGUUAUGUUCAAACUACAGUCAAACCGCGUUAAUACGGGCACUGAAGGGGCCAUUGAAAGUGUCCAUAUUAACGGGGUGUCGGUAUUAAGCGGGUUGAAUUUAGAGAAAAUGUAAGGGCUUUUUUUCCCCAGGGACAAAGCAAACUGUCCGUAAUAAUGAGGUGUCCGUAUUAAGCGGGGGUUCGUCAAGCGGGGUUUGACCGUAGUAGGUAUUUUAUCAGGCUUUUUACCCUAAAAAAUAGACUCAACCCAUUCUCAAAAAAACCUUCAUAAUUUUGACACUCUGAACUCCUCAUUACUUGCGUUAUGCGCAUGCGCGUAUUUAACAACUGGUGAACCUAACAAAAGGGAGCUUUUAGUAAAGGGGUUUUUCAACAACGCACGUCAAUAGGAAGUGAAGCCUUUUCCUUUUCAGUAUGCCUUGAUGCUCGCAAUAAUGAUAGUAGCCUGCGUGGCAGGCGUUCGAAAGGGAAGGGGAAGGGAAUUAGGGCGCGAGACCGCGCGCGAGGGAGAAGCACCCCACACGCUCUCGCGCGACCAAAUUCCCCCUUCCCCUUCCCCUUCCCCUUUUAACGCUUGCCUCGCAGGCUAUAAUGAUAGGUUAGUGUCUUUAUUCUUAAAGAGACGAUAUGCCUUAAAUUUUGAGCACAACCACUUCCCAAGAUUGCAAAAAAUCUACUUUCCGUUGAUGCGCGUGGCUAAGUGCCUUUCCUUAAGCGCCCUAAUGUGCGGUACGAGUGACCCUUGUAAAUUUGAGUCUUCUUGAUCAAGCGGUUGAAGCGACAGACAGAAAAUAGAAAAGCAUAAGUUCGAUCAUUCCGCCUGGGAUUCACUUUUUCGUAGUCUUAACGCUCGUGACAAAAAUCUUGUCGUCCUAAAUGUCGCCUGAACUCUAAUUUGGUUUUGCUUCCUCCCAGGUCCUCCUAGAAGACUCGUUCUUCGCUUUCCAUCUGGUUCUCCCACAGUCCUCAGCGCCUCUUGCACUGCUGACGUCAAGGGUCGCACCAUUCUUCCUCUGGCACGGAGAGGGUUAGUUGCACAAAUUACUCAUGUACAAUGUUAUGGUUUACUUAUUAGGGACCUUGAGAUUCUAAGACAAGGACGACUACGGGGACGAGAUUUUCUCAGUACUAAGUAGUGCAGCGUCAUUUUGACGGGAAAACACUAUAGCCGUCGUCAUUCUUCUGCGGGUUUUACCGAAAAUGUCGUAGUGGUGGAAGCAAGUUGUCAAAUGUUAGAAGUUUUAUCAUUUUUUUUAUCGUGGGAGGGCUUAACCUCCUUCAAUAAAAUCGACCGUGUUAACUUUUCUGGUGAAAAUAGGAAAACGGCGCUUUCGAGGUUGUCUAUUUUUUCAGAAUUCGAGAAAAACACUUUUAAGUCUCGUAGUUGUCUUCGUCCUCGAAUCCAAAGGUUAUGAUACUGAAGACAUUUUGCUGCGCUUUUUCAAGUCACUUCCUUUCCCGCUACUGAAACGGGAAACUUAUCCCCGAGCUUGUUAAGAUAAUUUAUCCCGACCGUGUUCGCUGCCAGUCACCAAUUUUUCCCUUGUUUGUUGCCGGCUGCGAUUUAUCCCGCGCUUGUUGCCUUUUGUAUGUUUCCCGGUUUUAUCGUCCGUUUUUUCCCUUCGUCAACAACUUUAAAUGUUCGAAAGGGCUAGUUGAAAUCAAGUUGAGUAGAUCCCUUGGUUAAUCAUCAGUAUGACCCUAAAAUGCAAAAUAUGCUGAUUUCUUGUUUCUUAGUGGAGUCGAAGACGUCAUCCUUGCUGCUGAAGACGCUCAUGGCAACAUGGCCGAAUCGUCUUUGGCGGUUAACGUUGGCAUUCAACCAUCGGGGACUGUGCCCGAGGGUACAGUCUUACCAGCUCUGGAAAACAGUCCCAUCCAGAUCACGCUCAACCAUGGUAGUGCCAAGUUACCAAGGCUUACACUUUGCAGUCGUGUGGGGAAUUAUAUCGGCGAGUAUCUGUUAGUGUUUUCGGCACCCGGAGUUGAGUCUCACACUGUUAAGUUCGCUUUUAGCACAGGUAAGUACAGUAAUAUGCUUGAGUAGGAGUCUUUCAUGGCUUCUGGCUUGACUAAAAUUUUUUUUUAAUAUUUACUUGACGUUACUCCUUUUUUGUAUUAACUUGUGAAAAAGGGGGCCAUUUCUGAAGUUAAGCUAAGUUCAACUCCCUCGUGAUCACUUGCAACGUUCCAAGUUGAGACCCUGACACGUCUACUGCAAAUCUGAACCAUUGAGCUACAAGUCAAGUUUCAUUCCUGUUGAAUCGGUCUAAAGGCGGCUUUUCUCGCGUUUUCGUGUAUUUUAAUCUCCUCCCUGCCAACACGCACCUCUCAUCAAAUGAAAGAAAAGUAUUUUGUGGCAGGCACUUAAGAGGAAACGGGGAUACGUGCAAUCAGCAUAGUGUGUGUAGGAAUCAGGAAGGAAUUUCGCGCAUCCUAAAGCACUUGCGCGCUCGGGAUUUUCCCUCCUCCUCUCUUUCUUGCGGAUACCACGUAGGUGCAGUAUAGAAAGAAGUGUGACGUCACGUUACCAUGGUUGCAAAAUUUCUGUACCUCAACAAUCUUUCUUGACAGAGACGGCCAUUUGCAGUGUCGAUCGAUGGAAGAAAAGUAACGGGCUACCGUUUUGUUUCUGAGUGCAAUCAUCCACAGGGAAGACAAGCAUGCCAAGUUUUUUGUUUCUUUCUGCGAUAUUUGCAGGACCACGGUUUGUUAAGAUCCUAAAAUUUUGCUACCACGGUAACGUGACGUAACAACUUCUUAAGAUCAAUUUAGGGAAAUGUAAGGGCUUUAUUUCCCCGGGGACAAAGCAAACUGUCCGUAAUAACGGGGUGUCCGUAUUAAGCGGGGUUUGGCUGUAUCACCGAGAGAGGUAUAACCAAUCAUUUAUGCGCUAUUUUAAACAAAUCAGUAGCCACGACUGCACAUUUACCUUCGUUUGUGAGACCAAUUAAUGCUUCCUUUCGUUCUUUUUUUUUUUUUUUUGUCGUUGUGAUUGUGCAAAAAAAACAACAACAACUACAACAACUUAUUGCAAAAAUUGCUCUAAACCACUUUGUAUUUCAGAUGAACACAUUCAGCGGGUACAGAACGAGCUUCAGCCACUCAGGAAGCAGAUCGCAGAUCUGGAACAAAGCGUCCGAGAAAGCAAACAGAAGGUGAACCGGACGAAGUCGGAAGUAGUGGCAGCUCUUACUCCAGUAAGAAGUUCUUUCAGGGGGGAGCCACGCACUCGAGAUGUGGUAAACGUUCUCCAAACCACCAGAUACCAGUUGAACCAACUUGAGACUGCUGGAGCAGUUACUCGGCCACCCAUUAUACAGAAUGGACCCCCGGCCAGGAUAAGACAGUACAUAAAAGGUAAGGAACCUGUGUUGCUGUAAACGUGCCAGUUGUGCAUAGCUUUAAGUCCCAAUAGUGACCAACAUCGAUUUUCUCCUAACAAUAUCCAUAUGUUGCCAAGAGAAAUAGUUAUAAGAGUUAAUAAAAUGAUCACUAAAGAGAAAAUGCUUUGAUCUGCUAUCAAAUUCGUAACUAAUUGCUUAAAGAAAUGUAUGAAGAUCAGUAUGGAGAAUUUAUAUGUGGAUAUUGGGCCUCAAAGGCUUAAAGUGGCUAUGCCACGAGGAUAUUGCUGUUUAAGAUUAACCCUUUAAAUCCUAAGAUCAAAAUUUGAAUUCUCAUUUGUUUCCCCUAUUCAUUUCCUACAGAAGUAGUGGGGAGAAGUUGAUGAAAUAUCAAGAAAAUUUAUCUUGUGUGAUCAUGUCCUUAAUUCUCAUGACCACUCUGUUUUACAAAGCAUUGGUAUUGUAGAGAACUGGAACUAGUUAGAAUAAUAUCGAAAAGGACUGGCUCUAGCCAAGAUGAUGUAAUCGCAAGAUGGCGGAAAACGCCACCGACACGUAUUAAAAGAGUUAGAAGUUUGGAGUAAUUUGUGGUUGAUUUAGGCGUGUAGUCUAACAAAAUUGGCGACCCUGCCAGGACUUGUAACCCGACGAAGAUGAAACACUGGAUGGAACGUUUCUGGCGAUCGAUUUUGGUAUGUUUUUGAGCAUAUUUGUGUCUCUCAUCGCUUUGACCACGUGCUUCCACUGCCCGCCAUUGUCAAUCGGAAACAUCGGAACUGAGGCCUUGCCGAUGAUGGCAGAAGAUCUUCAAUUGGAAUUACAGUCUAGCAUCUAUGCCGCGGACUGGAGCUCACUCGAGCGAAUGGCCAAGUUCUUCGAAGUUGAAUAUGAGGGAAAAACAAAAUUGUUUGUGGCGAAACGUGUUGCUCUACGGCUCGAUGAUGAAAUUGAAAAACUGAAGGAAGCCGAAGUCGUGCCGUACCUCAAGGACGUAAAAGAAAUGCUGACAGAGAAACCCCAUGGCAUCAAGAACGAUGAAGAAGAUGGUAAGCCAGUUCUAAGUGAUUCAAAACCUCCUCCCGUAGCGAAGGAAGAUCCUGUUCAAAAACUACUAGCGACUAGCGCUUUACGUAGACAGUUUAAGAUCAGUGGUCAAAUCGGGGAACCCGAGCAGAAAGACAAAAUUAGUUUUUCUUCCCUUAUGCGUCAAAUUCAAAUGGGGUUGGCCCAAGGUUAUGGCGAGAGUGAAAUUGUUGAUGGUGUUAUUCGCUCAAUUACACCUGGCAUGGUACUUAGGAGUUACCUCGAAACUUACGAAGAUUUGACAUUGGAUCGGUUAAAGAAAAUUCUCCGUAGCCACUAUGGUGCAAAGAAUACAUCAGAACUCUAUCAAACACUGGCAUCCCUAUGUCAGAGCCCAAAGGAGUCACCCCAGGCAUUUUUGAUGAAUGCUCUUGAUCUGAGGCAACAAAUCCUGUUUGCAUGUGGUGAAGAAGAAGGUGAAAUAUCCCUACAGUAUGACUCCGGACACAUACAACGUCUGUUUCUUCGGUCAGUAGAAACUGGUUUACAGGAUGAAAGUAUUCGUGCUAAGAUUCGCCCAUUCCUGAAGGACUCAAAUGUGACAGAUGAAGUGUUGAUGCAACAGAUGAGCAUGGCUACGUCAGCAGAAAAGGAAAGGGACAAGAAGCUUAAGAAUAAUACCAAGACCAAACAACCACCAUUAUCAGUGUCUGCGGUAUCUGAUGGCCCACCUAAAGAAAAAGGAAGGAGGCAAGAAGAACAGCCCUCAGAAUGAUCUUCUAACAGCUAUAAGUGCAAUCAAGUCAGAAGUCGAGGCAUUGAAAAGCGAGGUCAGGAAGAACAGCAAUCAAAGUGUACCCCCAGGCAAGUGGCCAGAGAGAAGAAGACCACCCUUGUGUUCAAGCUGCCUCGAGAACAGAAAGGAAUAUUGCAAUCACUGUUUUAAGUGUGGGAGCGAAUCUCAUCUGGCAAGGGGAUGCAGGAAGCAGUUAAACAGGAAUCGACUGCUCCCUUGAGACAGGAAGCAGUCGUAAAACCCACCAAAGUCUCACCAAUGUAGCCACUGUUGUAAAACCGAGUAGAGCAUGGACAACUUAAAAGAUGUAGUCAGUGUCAGAGUGUAUGGUAUUGCACCACGCGAUGUCAAAGGGACACUGGGCUGAACACAAGGUGUUGUGCCAAGCAAUAAGUCAUCUUUCUGAGGCGAGUACAAGUAAGUCAAAAGAGUUUGUAGACCCAGCCUGUGUCAGUCAUUUAACUCCAAGUGAGCAUGCUAAAGUUAUUGGCCUUGUUGGCAAGAAGUGUAUGGUGAAGUGCUUGCUCAAUGACUAUGAAUGUGAAAUGUUAUGGGACACUGGUGCCCAGGUUUCAAUAAUAUCAGUCGACUCUGUCCAAAGAUGCUUAGGACAAGUAGCCAUUAGACAGUUGUCAGAACUCUUGGAGACAAGCCUUAGCCUAACAGCAGUGAAUGGGUCUCAAAUACCCUACAUUGGGUGGGUGGAAGCCAGAGUUAUGCUAACUCCUCCUGGUAGUGAUAGCAAUCAAGAGGAACUGUUAGUGCCUUUUCUAGUGACAUCAGAAAAGUUGGACUGUCCCAUUUUGGGAUACAAUGUCAUUGAAGAGUUAGUAAGUCAGGACCAGAAUCCAAACCCAACAAUUUACAAGAGUUUCCCUGGAACAGAUAAGACAAAAGUAGAUGCCUUGGUAAAUUUCAUUCAGAGUUCAAGUUCAGAUGCCAUUUGUAAAGUGAGGACGGGAAGGAGAGAUGUGGUGAUACCAAGGGAUAGCAUGAUAACUGUUGGCUGCCGUGCAACUACAGGACCAGUAAACAAGCUAACACCAGUACUGUUUGAGCCAAAUGAAUUGGCACAGUUACCAGAGGGUUUAGAAGUUAAUGGAACUUUGUUAAAUGUCAAACCAGGAAAGUCAUCUAAGGUACAGAUUGCUGUACACAAUGGGACAGACCAUGAUAUUCUGCUUAAGAGUCGCACCCGUUAGGAGUCCUUCAGGCAGUCAAAUCAGUGACAACAGCAGAUGUUAGACUGAGUGAAUGUAGAACCCAGAAUGACCAGCAAUAUUUUGAGAAACCUAAACCUCAGGGACCCACCACCCCUGCUGAGCAGCAAAACAAAGAAAAUGAAAACCCACUUCCGGCAGUUGAUCUCGGUGAUUUGGAUCAUGACCAGCGGACUGCAGCUGAAAUGAUGCUGAGGGAAGAGUACGAGUCAUUCUCAUCCAAUGAAGAAGAUAUUGGCUGCAUCCCUGAUCUGGAAAUGGAGAUUAAUCUGCAUAAUAACCAGCCAGUGCAAAAAAGAAGUACACGUCAAUUCCUCGACCACUGUAUCCGGAGGUGAAACAGUACAUUGAAGACCUUCUGAACCAGAAUUUCAUCACUGAAUCCAAGUCCCCAUACUCCUCUCCAGUUGUCUGUGUUCGCAAGAAGGAUGGGUCUCUAAGGCUAUGCAUUGACUAUCGAGAACUAAAUCGCAAGACUAUUGCUGACAGACAUCCCAUUCCUAGAGUCCAAGAGACCUUGGAUAGUCUUGGCGGAAAUAAGUGGUUCAGUGUACUUGACCAGGGUAAGGCGUAUCAUCAGGGGUUCGUAAACAGGGACAGUAGAGCAGCGACAGCAUUCAUUACACCGUGGGGGCUAUAUGAAUGGGUAAGGAUCCCAUUUGGAUUGAUGAACGCACCUGCGAAUUUCCAACGGUUUAUGGAACGUUGUUUGGGUGAACUAAGGGACAAAGUGGCUAUACCGCACCUCGAUGACAUCAUAGUAUUUAGUAGGACAUUUGCAGAACACAUCGAGCAUCUGAGAACAGUAUUGCGAAAGUUACGAGCACAUGGAGUCAAGUUGAAGCCGCGCAAGUGUAGUUUGUUCAAACGCGAGGUCAAGUUUUUAGGAAGAGUUGUGUCAGGUGAUGGUUACCAGAUGGAUCCAGGGUGUGUACAAGCUAUCGAGAAGUUAAAGGAAGUAACACCCAAAACUGUUGGUGAAGUAAGACAGCUUGCAGGAAUACUAAGUUACUACCGAAGGUACAUUAAAAACUUUGCUAAAAUUGCGAAACCGAUCUAUGACUUGCUUACCAGCACAGGACAGGAUGGACAACAGCCCUCAAAGACGCCAAUCGUUUGGGGAAGAGAACAGCAACUAGCCCUCGAGAAGUUAGUGGGACACCUCAGUAAUCCACCCAUUAUGGCUUAUCCAGAUUUCUCAAAAGCAUUUACUCUCCACACCGACGCAAGUAAAGACGGUCUCGGGGCAGUGUUGUACCAAAACCAGGAUGGGGUCAUGCGAGUUAUUGCUUAUGCUUCACGAGCGCUGUCACCAGCUGAGAAAAAGUACCACCUUCACGCAGGAAAACUUGAGUUUCUUGCUCUAAAAUGGGCAGUGACUGAACACUUCCGUGACUACCUUUACUACUCGCCAAAGUUUACUGUUUUCACUGAUAACAACCCCUUGACAUACAUCCUAACAUCAGCGAAACUGAACGCCACUGGUUUACGGUGGGUUAAUGAAUUAGCCGACUUCCAUUUUGAGAUCAGGUAUCGACCAGGAAAAGCCAACGCAGAUGCUGACACCUUGUCUCGUAUGCCAAUCAGUUUUGAGGGCUAUAUGAAAAGUUGUUCGGAAGUAGUUAAUCAGGAUGUUCUGGAUGCUGUCACAUCUUCAGUCCAUGUAACUAACACCCCCCAGACCGCCUGGUUGUCAUCUCUCACCGCAGUACACGACAUGUUAAAGGAAGAGCGUGUAGACAUUCCAACUCUGCCACGUGAUGAACUUGUCGCAGCUCAGCAAGAAGAUCCAUCAAUUGCUCGUGUUUUACAGUUUAUCCAAAUUGGAAGGCGUCCCACCUAUCAGGAAAGGCAGCAAGAGACAGCUAUUGCCCGACAACUCUUACACGAAUGGAAUAAACUGUUUAUUGCUGAAGAUGGAAUCCUUUAUCGGAAAACUGGGUGUGGAGACAAAAUGGUUUUACCCAAGAAAUACCACAAAAGGGUGUAUGAAGAGCUACACGAAAACAUGGGGCACUUGGGUGCCGACAGAGUAGUGGAACUAGCUAGAGAACGCUUCUAUUGGCCGUUUAUGAGAGCAGACAUCACCCAUUAUGUCACAAAAGUGUGUCGUUGCCUGAAGCAACGUAAACCCGCAACUCAUGUCCACGCACCACUUCAGCCUAUCCUCUCCACAGCACCUUUCCAACUCGUCUCCAUGGACUAUGUUCAUCUCGAACCAAGCUCGGGUGGAUACCAGUACAUAUUGGUAAUCAUGGAUCACUACACCAGAUUUGCCCAAGCAUACGCCACCCGGGAUAAGUCUGCGAAGACCGCUGCCAACAAACUGUAUAAUGACUUUAUCAUGAGAUUUGGGUUUCCAGGAACCAUUCAUCAUGACCAGGGCGGAGAGUUCGAAAACAAACUCUUCUACAACCUUGAGAAACUGAGUGGGAUCAAACAUUCGCGGACAACCCCCUACCAUCCACAGGGGAAUGGGCAGGUUGAAAGGUUCAACCGAACACUUCUAUCAAUGCUGAGAGCCCUGCCAGAGAAACAGAAAUCCCGUUGGCGUGACCAUCUCAAUAAAGUAGUCCAUGCAUACAAUUGCACUCGCCACGACUCUACUGGAUUCUCACCUUUCUAUCUACUAUUCGGUAGGACGCCAAGGCUACCCAUCGACCUAAUGUUUGGCUUGAAACCUCCAGAGGGAUAUUCUACAUACCCUGAGUAUGUUAAAAAUUGGCGAAGAGCCAUGAAAGAAGCUUACGAACUAGCCUCCGCUCAUGCAAAGAACAGUGCAGACAUGGGGAAACAACAGUAUGACAAGAAAGUUAGACAUACCACGCUACGUGAAGGAGACCGUGUUCUUGUGCGAAACAUGACGGAGCGUGGUGGCCCAGGAAAGUUACGCUCUUAUUGGGAGCAAGAAAUCCACGUUGUUACUCAAAAGAGGGAGGAUAUGCCAGUUUACGAGGUAAAACCAGAGACUGGUAAUGGAAGGACAAGAGUUCUGCAUCGCAACCUGCUGCUACCAUGUUCCUUUCUACCUGUUGAGAUACCAUCUAAGCCAUCCAAGGGUCGUCGCACGAUGCCCAGGACAACCCGAAGACAGCAGGAGCUACAAGAGAACACAACCAGAACCACUGAUGAGAACAUCCCUGGGUUAACACCUGGUCAACUUCAAGAAUUUUACGAGUCUACGAGGAAUCAUACUGAAGACAAUUGCCAAAUUGUUCCAGAGUUAGAUGAACACGACACUUACCCUUGUCAAGUUGAUGGUCCAGGCUCAGAGGGAGAGGCUGAAGACACAGAGCAACCAAGUGGUGCGUUCGAUGAUGAAGCUGUAGAUGGUGUACCUCUAAGACAGUCACAGCGCGUAAGCAGACCACCCCUCAGGAUGACCUAUGAUGCAAUGGGACAACCCUCCUUUCAACCCAGUUCCACAACAGGAAUUCGCGGCAUCACAGCAUCAUAUCCACACCAGUUAUGGCAGCCUGUCCCGGUAUCAUGGAUGGUGCAACAACCUGUCUUUCAGCCCUUCAGUUAUUUUGUACCUUUCCCAGUACACGUUCAGCCGAUGUAUCCUGUGCCUGCGUGGCGUUACCAGCAAGCCUGGUGGCAUUAACUUGAAGAGAAAGGAACUGAUUUGGACCAAUUGAAAUUACGUUCGUUUUAGAUAAGACGGAUAAAUGUUUAGUAUAGUAUAACUCACAUGUCGUUCGUUUUAAGAGGUACAACCUUGUUUUAUUAGGAGAUUUUUUUUUCUCGAUCUCUACAUGUUCUUUGUACGGGCAAACAAUCGAUAUAGGCGCGUUAUCGAACAGUACAGUGCAGUAAAGAUAACACAGUAACAUUUGGGCAACUUAAGCGAACAUUCUGGCCUGAUCAACCAGGAUAACUUUGUUGACCCAAUAAUGAGAUACAAGAAUACGAGGAACUGUUACACGAGAUAACCCACAAGAGACUAUGGUCUAUCCGUUCAUGUUGAGGACAACAUCUUUUUCCAGAGGGGGAGAAUGUAGAGAACUGGAACUAGUUAGAAUAAUAUCGAAAAGGACUGGCUCUAGCCAAGAUGAUGUAAUCGCAAGAUGGCGGAAAACGCCACCGACACGUAUUAAAAGAGUUAGAAGUUUGGAGUAAUUUGUGGUUGAUUUAGGCGUGUAGUCUAACAGUAUCACAAGGAGAAAUUUGAUGCUGGUCACUCUAAGGGCUUUAAAAAGGGCUAACUCUUUGCUAAAGUCAUCACUUAGUUCCUUUACUCACACAUACAAUACUCUUGUAGAGUUUUGGAAAAGAUAUCAAACAAAUUUGAUCAGAGAGUACUAACCAUAAUAAAUAUUUUGGUGAUUUUUGUAGGCGUAGCUUUAAAACUUGAAAAAGUUUGCUCAACUUUUUCAAGUUUCAAUCCAAACCCAUCCUGGUCAUUCGUAACAACAGAGGACAGGAAACAGUUUUAAUGUCUAAAUAUAGUAUGAAGUAACGAAACUGGGCCAUUAUUUUUGGAAUUCAACUGAUACGAAGAAACGUUUAAGACGGACUCCAUUAGGAAAUUGAGUAUGUCAAUUUUCAGUGGACGAAAACCUUCUACCAGAAUAAUUUACAUAAUAUCGCAUUCUUUUUUACAUUUUUCAAGGGCUAAAGAUAUAUAUAAUUAGUUAUCUGUAAUAACACCAAAGAAAAUUUCUGAUAGGAGCCCGAGAGAAUGAAAGUCAAAUUUCACAAAAUUACAUCUUACACAUGAAAUUUUCAGAAUUUAACUGUGUCAUCACAAUUCUUGUGAAAUAUGACAUUCAUUUUUUCGGACUCCCAACGAGAAAUGUUUUAUUAAAGAUGACUAAUUACAUCUUUAGCUCUUGAGAAAAUAAAAAAGAAUGCAUUAUGCUUUAAAUUAUUCUGGUACAAGAUUUUUGUCCACUGAAAAUUAAAAUUACUCUAUUUCCUGAUGGAUUCCGUAUUAACCCUUUCACUGCCAGAGUGUCUGAUAAAGUUUUGUAAGAUGACUCUAACUUUUGAGUCUGUGGACGAAAUCUUAUGAUGUGACCAUUCAAAUGAAAGCUCUCUGCCUGUACUUACACAUGGUGCUAUUUGUUUCUCAAAAUUUUAGAAAAUGAAAUUUGGAAAUUUGGUCGAAAUUUGCCUUUGGCCAAAUUUGGCAGUAAAAGGGUUGAGCUUUUUGAAAUGAUAGCAAAUAGCGUGACGUAGCCCCCUUAACCCCUGUAUUUCUCAAGAGUGACUAACAUCAAUUUUCUCCUAACAGUGUCAAUACGUAAUCAAAGGAUUAGGUUAUGAGAAUUAAUAAAAUGAUCACCUCAAGGAAAAUGCUUUGAUCUUUAAAACGUUCUCUCAACUUUAAGGAAAUGUAUGAAGAUCAGUCUGGAGAAUUUGUUUAUAGGAAUUGGGGCUUCACCCCUCAUUCACACCCAAGCUUAAACAUGUUUGAAAGCUGUUUAGCUGAACACAGUUUUUUUCUUGAAGGUGCUAACUGUUCUCUUAUUUGAAUUGAAAUAUAUGAAAUGAAUCAUGGUUUGAACUGCGGAUAAAGAUAUGAAAGUGAACAUGAUCUUCACAGAAGAAUGAACAACCUGAGCGGUUGAAAAAGAACCUGAAAAAAUUAAGGCUUGAUCGGGUAUCAACGCUCUAUCCACUGAGCUAAUCAGGCCAGCUGGAGAGCAGGCCAUUGUGAGUUCGUAACAUACCCGAUGGUGGAAAUUACAUGAAUUGAAAUAUAUGAAAUGAAUUAUAUUUUGUACUGAAAAGGUUAGUGCAAUUAUGGGAUCAUUUUAUGUUUCUGUGAAACUGGCCACCUACCCCUCCCCUAAACCAACAUUAACACUUAGUUCUUACUUAGGGCAAGAUAUUGGUCAAGGGGAGGGGUAGGUGGGCAGUUUCCGAGAAACGUAAAAUGAUCACAAUUAUGUGACAUGUUAAGGUUUAUUUAUAAAAGCCCCUGUCACUAGCACACAGAAGUUAAUUUCUUGGACACUUUUCGGUCUGCAGGUAUCGUCGCAGAGCUCGCUCAUGUAUCGGAUCCUUUGCUGGCGCGUAUCCUGUCCUGGUUCCUCCAGUCGAAGAUGCAAGUCGCUCUCACGAGCACCACCGAACAACAGCGGAAAGUUUAUGAUGCCGGAUGCCCAGCUUACUGUGAGGCCACUCUGUUACCUUUUUCUAAAAGAGACUUUGACGGCAGCGACGGUAAGUCUUUGCCUCUAGAACUGCCUUCUCCUCCGUCCAACUACCGCAGUCCAAUCGAAUUCGCGGUGAAUCUCCUGGAAUUCACUAGCGACAAUGGCUACCUUCGCUGUAGCCUGUUCUGGAACCUGCUGUCGAAAACAAUAGUGGUUAACGACCUGAAAUCAGGGCAAACAUAUCGCGAGCAUCUUACAAAAAUGAAGCAGUCUUGCCCCACAAUCCUCACUCGUGAUGGGAAGAUGAUUGCAUCCGACGGGCUUAUGGAUCCAAAGCGAAAGUGCCCCGAUAGGUUGGAAGAUUUGAAGUUCGCAUUCGGUGCACUACCUCCUCGAGAAACCCCGCAGUAUCGGCAGUUAAUAGAGAAGUGUGAAUCUCUUGGGCGCUUGCAGAAGGUUUGCGAGAACCAUGAGACGGAGAUGGUUCAAGGCCGCGCACGUGAGGAGCGGCUGAACGAGUUAAGGAAGAGCUUGUCUCCUCGCAUUAACGAACUGGAGAAGGAGCUGCGAAAGUUAAGGCCCGGGUUGGAAAGGGACAGUAGUGAACCACCCGACAAAAGGAGGAAAAGAUAACUACACUUAUCCUUCUUACUUAACCCUUUAAGUCCCAAUAGUGACCAACAGCAAUUUUCUCUAACAAUGUCCAUACAUUGUCAAGAGGUAAGGUUGUGAGAAUAUAAAAAAAUGACCACGAAAGAGAAAGUGCCUUGAUAUUUUAUUAAAUCUCUCAACUAAUUCUUAAAGGAAAUGUAUGGAGAUCAGUUUGGAGAAUUUGUAUGUGGAUACUGGGGCUUAAAGGGUUAACGUUACAUUUGACUUCUUUUUCCCUUCACCAUGUGCGUUUUCGUCCCCAUUACAGCUUUGAAGGGAUGACAGGGGGUAGGGUGUGUAAUCCUUAAGUAAUUGACUACAAUAGCAAAGUACAGUUGAACCCCCCCCCC